GAAACCGAAAGGCGCCAUUUGCUUCUUGGACUCUAUCGGUGAAUGACAAUAAAACUGAGCUCGCGCGAAAAAAAAAAACCCCGAAACAAAUAAAAUAAGAUAAAGACAACAAAACACCAGGUUCAUCCUCAUGGAGGCGGCGGUCAACCCGUCUAUUGACAGCAGGUCUGUCAUGAUGGGCGCCAUGGAGUCAAGUGCAGCCAACUCGGGCAAACGUAUUCGUAAACCCUCUCUACUCUACGAGGGCUUUGAGGGCCCCGGGCUGCCGUUGGCUCCCACUCCUGUAGCGGGGCCUCUGCACUCGCAGCACCUCCCAGUCAAGGAUCCAAACCGCCAGAGCCGCAUCACCAAUCAGCUGCAGUACCUCCAGAAGAUGGUGACGAAGGCGCUGUGGCGUCACCACUUCGCCUGGCCUUUUCACGAGCCAGUCGACGCCACCCGCCUCAAUCUGCCUGAUUACCAUAAGAUCAUCAAGCAGCCCAUGGACAUGGGCACCAUCAAGAAACGGCUGGAGAACAACUACUACCGCAGUGCCAGUGAGUGCAUCCAGGACUUCAACACCAUGUUCACCAACUGCUACAUCUACAACAAGCCGACCGACGACAUCGUGCUGAUGGCCCAGUCUCUGGAGAAGGUCUUUCUACAGAAGGUGGCACAGAUGCCCCAGGAAGAGAUUGAGUUGCCCCCUCCUGCCCCCAGGGGUCGAGCGAUCAAGACCGCCAAAUCCCGACGAGGAAGAGGAGGCGGUCUGAGUGUAGCUCAGCAAGUCCCGGCCGUGUCUCAAUCCGCCUAUUCGCCCUCUUCUCCUGAUACUCCGGACUCCAUGUUUUCUGGCUCUCCUCACAUGAUGCUCAGUAAACCCGGACCCCCCCCUCCCCUUCCUCCCCCCACGCCUCCUAUCAUGACUCUGCCCCCCACGCAGCCCACCGCUAAGAAGAAAGGUGUGAAGCGUAAAGCAGACACCACCACCCCGAGCACCACCGGUUUUCCCGUGCCCCCCGCUGGCCGUGCUUUAGGUAUGGGUAAGGGUCGUGGUGCUCUGUCGCUGUCGCCUGUACCCAGCCUGACGUGUGGCAUGGGUGUAAGUGAGCCUGUGCACCUGCAGCCAGUCAUGGGACGAUCCGUGCCACGGCGUCCCAUCAAACCCCCGCGCAAAGACCUGCCCGAGCUGGCGAGGCCGAAGAGCGCGCCGCGUCACCGCACAAAGCUGAGCGGCCAGAUGCGAUACUGCAGCUCCAUCCUGAAAGAGCUGCUGAGUAAGAAGCACGCGGCCUACGCCUGGCCCUUCUAUAAACCCGUUGACGCGUCGCUGCUCGGCCUGCACGACUACCACCUCAUCAUCAAACACCCCAUGGACCUCAGCACCAUCAAGAGGAAGAUGGACGAGCGGGAGUACAGGGAGGCUCAGGAGUUCAGCGCCGAUGUCAGGCUAAUGUUCUCCAACUGCUACAAGUACAAUCCACCUGAACAUGAUGUGGUGGCCAUGGCACGCAGACUGCAGGACGUGUUUGAGUUCCGCUUCGCGAAGAUGCCCGAUGAGGUACUGGAGGAAGAGGAGGAGGAGGAAGAAGGCUUGGCGCCGACCUCACUGGGCAUUAUCGGAUUGCAGCACUCCUCCUCAUCCUCAUCUUCGUCUUCAUCUUCGUCAUCCUCGUCGUCUCCAUCCUCUUCUUCGGAAAGCGAGCAGAGCAGCGACAGCGAGCCGAGCAGCGAGAGCAGCCCGAGCUCGGACAGCGAGGAGGAGAGAGCGCAGCGUCUGGCCCAGCUACAGGACCAAGUGUGCACUCAGCUGCGGGCUGUGCACGAGCAGUUAGCCGCGCUCUCGUCCGGCCCCAUCAUCAAACCCAAGAAGAAGCGAGAGAAGAAGAAAGACAAGAAGAAGAAGAAGAAGCCGGAGAAGCGCAAAGGAGGCCGGAGCAACGAGAGGGAGAGGGAGAAAGCAACCAAAGUGACCAAGAGCAAAUCCAGCAAAAUGGCAUCCAUGUCCACUCAGAGCAAGAAAGCUCCUGCUAAGAAGAACAGCAAGAGCAACAAGACGACUAAGAAGUCUUUGGCCGCGGCGGCUCGUUUUUCGUCCCCUCCCCCGCCGAUUCCACAGUACGACUCGGAGGAGGAAGAGGACGGUCUGCCUAUGAGCUACGACGCCAAACGCCAGCUCAGCCUGGACAUCAACAAGCUUCCGGGAGACAAGCUGGGUCGCGUCGUGCACAUUAUCCAAUCCCGCGAGCCCUCGCUGCGUGACACCAACCCGGAGGAGAUCGAGAUCGACUUUGAGACGCUCAAACCGUCUACUCUGCGUGAGCUCGAGAGCUACGUCACCAGCUGCCUGCGCAAAAAGCCACGGAAACCUUACGUGAUGAAGCCAGCUAGUGGAAAGUCUCGUGAGGAGCUGGCUUUGGAGAAGAGAAGGGAGCUGGAGAGAAGACUGCAGGACGUCAGCGGACAACUAAACUCUGUCAAAAAGCCCCAGAAACCCAAAGUGGAGAAAGCCAGCGUGAGCGCAGAGCCGCACUCCAUGCCCGCUCGCCUGAGCGCCAGCAGCUCCAGCUCCGAUUCCUCUUCAUCCUCCUCCGACUCCUCUUCCUCAGACACCAGCGACUCGGACUCCAGGUGAUCGUGCGGUUUACGAGAGCACCGCGACGUGACAGCGGCCGGUCCCGAAAUCCUGGCGGGAUGAUUUCUGGGAGGACCGGGGUUGUCCUUUCAGAUGGAGAAAGGAAAAAAACAAAACAAAAAAAAAAAGAGCCAAACUGUAUCAUCCCUGGGCCACACUUUCAUGUGCAACGACAGAUUCCCAAAAGCGUGUUUUGAGACGUGUUUGUUAACGAUGUACAGACUGUGUUGGAUUAAUUUUUCUUUCAUAAAGAAGACUUUUAUAAACGUGCCCAUAGUGGGAGGUCAUGUGGACAUAGAAACUGCGCUGGAGUCUAUAGUCAGUCAUAUACGAGUAUCUUUCUGUUCGCAGUGGAUUUAGAGCCCGCUUUCAAAUUCCGGUUCACUAAACCACAACGUUCGACACCUACCUUCACGUUUAAUCUUACGUCAGCCUUAAUUUGAAGCGAGCAAAACAAUUUAACUCCUCAUUUCCUACAGAACUUUAGAGCGGACAUUUUGUCGCGUCCCGAAGACGGCAGAGAAUUCGCGACACGCUUCUCGGGUUAGUUUUGCCCGUGUAACGAUUAACCAAAAGGAGCAACGUCCAUCAUAAAACUCGGAUCGUUAGUACUCGAGGAUCUUCAGUGCGAUUAUUCCAGUGACCAGUAAUAUGUUUAAAAAAAAAAAACUCGUUAAAGGGGUAGUCUGUGAUUUUUAGGCCGAAGUUAGCCGUCUUAAAACUCGACGUUCGAACACUGGGCGUGGCUUCGGACGGCACGCUGAAAGCUUUAUUAGUUUGAGUUUAGAGAACUAGCUUCGGGUUCCUCCAGCAGAAAUCGAUGCUUUUCUCACGUUUUCACAAACGUGUCGAGAAUGUGAUGCGUUUUGGACUUUAAUCGCUGACCGCACCUUUAAUUUUCACAUUUCAUUUAUUAUUUGUUCAUUUUAAUGUUUUUACAUCAUCAAAUACAGGUUCUGAACAUCUCAAGCCGAAGUUUGUUCUUUGUUCCGUCACCUUAGCCGGAUUUUCUGACGAGGCCGAUACCGUGUGCACGCUAAUUAUAAUCCCGAGUUACCCUGACCUCAGAUCCGCAGCGCUGACCGUUUUCCUACUAGCAUUCAGUCAUCGCUAGCAUUAAUCGUUCCGCUUUAAGUCACAGAUUCAAAACAAAUCCGCUUUUGAAAAUGUGAUGCCUGAAGUUUGAGCUUUUAUUUCAUUUGUCAGGUUUGAAAUUGUGAUUUUUGUAGGGGGGCGAAUAAGAAAAAAAACUGUGCAUGAAAACGACGGCGCGAUUUGUUGUAUAUAACCUCCUCAGAUCCAUUAUUCUACUUUUUCUUCUUUGUUUUGUAUCAACUAUCAUCGUUUUAACCUGUUUUUGUUUCUUGAAUGUAAGGAGAUCCACCCGGUUGUUGUGAAACAUGUAGCUGCACAGACACAACAUUCCGUUCCUGCGAUAUUUAUAUUUAAAAAUAUGGUCUUUGAAUUGUAUAUUUAGUUUGGUUUUAUUUGGGUGUGAAUACAUGUAUGCCAACUGA